AGUUUCAUUUCCUCACUGAACCUCCAAGACACAUGGGCAAGACUACACCCAACAGAAGAAGCCUUCACUCGAUCUCAGAACACCAGCCACUCCCGGAUAGAUAUGUUCUUCAUGCAACAGGACAAAGCCACAUGUGCUCAGAGCUGUGAGAUUCACACUGUCUCAGAGAUUUCAGAUCACAACCCUGUGUCUCUGAUGAUCCACAUUCCUAAAAUAGGAAGUACGUUAACAGAUGUUCAUCAAAAGCUGGCUGAUGGUGGACUAAUAGACAAUACCAUAUUAGAUAGAAGAGUAGGAAAAAUCAGUGGAGCAGAAGUUCUUAUAGCAAUGAAAUCCUUGACCGACUCAUCAAAUGGAUCAAGGGAUGAUAACCUUAUGGAAACAGAGAUAUUAAAGCAUAAUUACAAUGGAAUGCUCAGCGGGGAGAAACAAAUACCUGACGGAUUCAAUAACCGAGAGUACAAAAUAUUUGCCACAAUACUUGCCAACCGUCUGAAGAUGUACCUAGCACCCUCGUUCAAAGGAAGGAUUAAAAUACCACCACAUACUACCACAUGCAUAGUUUCCCUGUCCAGGCAACCAUCGAUUAAGGGGAAAUUCUUAAGCAAAGCCCUGGAGUCCAUUCUCAUAAUUCAGUCUCCCCCUACAGACUUCACAAUCCUAAAGCAGGUGCUUCCUCAGGACUUGGGCAUCUUGUGGAAGUUACUCACAAUGGUUGAAAGUUCCUUGGUUACCCAAAACAAUCUACAGGAUGAAUGCCCCCUCACCCCAGCACUACUCUACUUGUGUCUGAAGUACAUGGAGCACCGAAUCCAGAAGACAGGCACAGUCCUUAGUGUUAGCCGUCAAAGACGGAGUCUUUUGAUCUACAUGGAACAAGAGAAACAGCAUCCUAUGGACAAACUGUUGUCUGAAAUCAGAAAGGAGUCUGGCCUGAGUUGGAAGGUAAUUGAAUGUAAAAUUGUGGAAGAUGAUGGACAUUCAAAUUAAAUGAAACGUUCUUUGAAGAUUAUUAGAGAAACUGUUACUGUUCUCUAAAUGUGGAUAUUGCCUUCAGCUUCACAAUGAGAUAAACAAAAUAACAUGAAAAUAUAAGAAACAUAUAUGGAACAACAUCCAUGAAGUGUUGAACCAGUGCUCUCCAUACUGCAUGCUAUGGGCCCUGAGCGCCUGUUCAGCCAUCAGUGUCUUCAGCUAUCACCAAACCCAUGGCCAGCCAGACCCACACCAAACCAAAUCCACUACGAUGGAUGGGAUCCCGAAGGAAAGAUAGUAGCAAAGUGAAGGUCAAACCCAGAACCAGUCCUACAGAGCAUGUAUUAUCUGUGACAAACAUGUCAUCAGGUUAGAUCAUAAACCAUGAAAUAAGUGGAGUUAGACUUCAUAUCCAGGGAUAUUGGAUAUCUCGGUGUCACGCCCUGACUCUAAGGACUCGUAUUUGUUGAGUCAGGGUGUGAUUUUCCUUGUUGUGAAUAUAUGGUGGUGAUGUUCUAUGUUGGAUUUUCUAUGUUUAGAUCUUGUAUGUCUAGAUCUAUGUUGCCCUGUGUGGUUCCCAAUCAGAGGCAGCUGUUGCUCGUUGUCUCUGAUUGGGGACCAUACUUAGGCAGCCUUUUGGCACCUGUUAGUUGUGGGAUCUUGUUCCGUGUGAGGUAUGUUAUUUGUCUACCUUGGACUUCACGUUUCGUUUGUUGUUUUGUCGUGGUGUUUAUUCAAUAUAAAUAAACAUGUAUGCAUAUCACGCUGCGCCUUGGUCCGUCCCGUUCGUCAACGAUCGUGACAGAAGAUCCCACCAAAAUAGAACCAAGCAGCGUGUUCAGGAGCAAACGCCGGGAAUUCAACGGGAGGUUACAUUAGUUGAUGUCCUCCUCGGUUGGGGGAGAAUUACGGAGGAAGAGGCCGUCCGUUACCGGAGGGCGAUGAAUGAGGAUGCCCAGGUAGGAGAGGAGAAACGGCGCCAACAGUGCCGACGACGGAGACCCGAGAGGCAACCCCAAGACAUUUUUUUUUUUGGGGGGGGGCACACGGUGUGGACGACGAGGCAGCAGGAGGCAGCGACAGGGCGAUUCUGCAGGUUAGGAGAGGAGGCCACCAGGUUACGGGGGCUAUUGGUUCAGAGGGAGCAGGAGUUAUUUGGUCAGAGGGAGGAGCUACAGGAGGCUAUAAGGGAGAAGGAGAGUGUAGAGGUACGGCGAGAGGAGCUGGUUAGGCAGCAGAAGGAGCGGGGGUUUAUAAAGGAACCUAGUCCAGCUCCUCGCACCCAGCAAGUGGUGCGUGUCACCAGUCCGGUCCGGCCUGUUCCUGAUCCCCGCACUAAGCCAGUGGUGCGUGUUCCCAGUACGGCCCGACCCAUUCCUGCUUCCCGCACAAGGCCAGUGGUGUGUGUUCCCAGUCCGGCCCAUUCCUGCUCCCCGCACUAAGCCAGUGGUGCGUGUUCCCAGUACGGCCCGACCCGUUCAUGCUCCCCUCACUAAGCCAGUGGUGUGUGUUCCCAGUACGGUCCGGUCCGUUCCUGCUCCCCGCACUAAGCCAGUGGUGCGUGUUCCCAGUACGGCCCGACCCGUUCCUGCUCCCCGCACUAAGCCAGUGGUGCGCGUCGCCAGCCCGGUCUGGCCUGUUCCUGUCCCUCGCACCAAACCGGUGGUGCGCGUCGCCAGCCCGGCCCGGCCUGUUCCUGCCCCUCGCACCAAACCGGUGGUGCGCGUCGCCAGCCCGGCCCGGCCUGUUCCUGUCCCUCGCACCAAGCCAGUGGUGCGCGUCGCCAGCCCGGCCCGGCCUGUUCCUGUCCCUCGCACCAAGCCAGUGGUGCGCGUCGUCAGCCCGGUCCGGCUCGUUCCUGCUCUCCGCACCAAGCCAGUGGUGCGUGUGUCCAGUCAGGCACGGCCCAUGCCUGUUCCACCGGUGCCUGGUCCGGCACCGGUCAGCUGCUCCACUCCGGAGCCAGAGCAAUCCGCUCCACCGGGGUCCAGUCCAGCUCCGGUCAGCGGCUCCACUCCGGAGCCAGUGCAAUCCGCUCCACCGGGGUCCGGUCCAGCUCCGGUCAGCUGCUCCACUCCGGAGCCAGAGCAAUCCACUCCACCGGUGCCCGAUCCAGCUCCGGUCAGCGGCUCCACUCCGGAGCCAGAGCAGUUCGAUCCACCGUCGUCGGGUCCAGCUCCAGUCAGCGGUUCCAGUCCAGACCCAGACGUCAGCCCCUCUCCAGGUUCGGGGUCUCCCACACCAGGGUCCAGACAGGGCUUGGUACGUCGUGGGAGGAAGGAGAGGGGAAGCAGCGCGCCGAGGUCCAGACCAGACCAGGGGCGCAACAGGGAGGUGGAGAGUAAGUGGUGGUCACGCCCGGAACCGGAUCCGCCUCCGAGGCGGAAUGCCCACCCGGCCCCUACCCUGUUAUGUUUAUGUGGCGCGGUCGGAGUCCGCACCUUUGGGGGGGGGGGGUACUGUCACGCCCUGACUCUAAGGACUCGUAUUUGUUAAGUCAGGGUGUGAUUUUUGUUGUUGUGAAUAUAUGGUGGUGAUGUUCUAUGUUGGAUUUUCUAUGUUUAGAUCUUGUAUGUCUAGAUCUAUGUUGGCCUGUGUGGUUCCCAAUCAGAGGCAGCUGUUGCUUGUUGUCUCUGAUUGGGGACCAUACUUAGGCAGCCUUUUGGCACCUGUUAGUUGUGGGAUCUUGUUCCGUGUGAGGUACGUUAUUUGUCUACCUUGGACUUCACGUUUCGUUUGUUGUUUUGUUGUGGUGUUUAUUCAAUAUAAAUAAACAUGUAUGCAUAUCACGCUGCGCCUUGGUCCGUCCCGUCGAUGAACGAUCGUGACACUGGGCCUAUACAUUACUACCUAUAUAAACGUAAAUGUCUUUUCAAACGUAUAUGUUAUUUAGAUGUAACUGUAUUUUAUUUUUAAAAAAAAUAUUGCUGUAUUCGUCAUUGCAUAUCCGUCUUGAUAGGAAUAUAACUAACUACUGUAGCUAAAUAUUAUACUUAAUAGAUGUUUGAGGUAACCUAUGAUGCAUGAAGGAGAAGUGCUUCCAGGAGUAUGCAAUGUCUCAGUCUUAUCAGGGUUCUGCCGACUGUAUAUCAAAUAUAAAAUCAACUAAAUAUUUUGAUGGGUUUCUCAGGUUACAAAGGCCUUUGAAACCACAAGUUAAUCUGAAGUCCCUGAGCUCUCAUUAUGAACAUACUCCUGUGCAUUGUACAUAAUAUGUCUCUCUUCCAAAAAUAAAGGUGUGUAUUUGCAUGUGUGUGUAUUUGCAAGUGUGUGUGUGUAUUUGUGUGUGUAUAUUGUCUAAAUUCAUCUUGAUUAUAGGACUUGCUGAAGUAAAACAAAGAACAACAAAUUAAGACAAAUAAAAAAGGAUAAUUCAAAAGUCUUAUUGCAGUUCGCUCUUCAUAGAAGAUGCUACAUUCUUCACUAAAAUGUGAAAACAAAAAAACUAAAACCCACAAAACAAAAAAAGUAUUCUUCGUAUGAACUGAUUGUAAUAAAUUCUAACUCUGGGAGCACCAGAUUUUAACAACAAGGUUCCAGACAUCAGGGUUCACACCACUGUAAUAAUCAUAACAUUCCUGAAUAACCUGCUCAGACCAAACACAAUAAUUUAACCGUCAUUUAAAUUAUAUUGAUAUCCAAAUGUGUGUGUAAAGCAUUAUCACAGACUCCUCUUCCUUAGUAAGUGCUUACAGGCAUAACUAAUAGUCAACAUUUUAUUCGGAAAUAAAAUAUAAUUUUCUAAAUGCUGUGACCAAAGACAGCAUUAGAAUGUGGGAACCACUGCAGCCCAGAAAAGCCAAUAUUUAAGAAAAAUUAAUGGGGGAAAAUUUCUCAACAAAUGAUGUUGGAUUAAGGUAAGCAAAUAAUCUGAAUUAAUAAUUUCACUCGUUUUUGGGGGAUUAAAUUAAGAACAAUAGUUUCAGUUAAAUCUCUCACUUUUAAAAACAAAACAUUUAUAAUUGUUAGGUUUAUGAUAUACAGUGGCAUCGGAAAGUGUUCAGACCCCUUGACUUUUUCCACAUUUUGUUACAUUACAGCCUAUUCUAAAAUUGAUUAAAUUGUUUUUUUCCCCUCAUCAAUCUACACACAAUACCCCAUAAUGACAAAGCAAAAACAGGUUUAUAGAAAUUUAUGAAAAAAACAAAACUGAAAUAUCACAUUUACAUAAGUAUUCAGACCAUUUACUCAGUACUUUGUUGAAGCACCUUUCGCAGCGAUUACAGUCGCGAGUCUUCUUGGGUAUGAUGCUACAACCUUGGCACACCUGUAUUUGGGGAGUUUCUCCCAUUCUUGUCUGCAGAUCCUCUCAAGGUCUGUCAGGUUGGAUGGGGAGCGUUGCUGCACAGCUAUUUUCAGGUCUCUCCAGUAAUGUUUGAUUGGGUUCAAGUCCGGACUCUGGCUGGGCCACUCAAGGACAUUCAGAGACUUGUCCCGAAGCCACUCCUGCAUUGUCUUGGCUGUGUGCUUAGGGUUGUUGUCCUGUUGGAAGGUGAACCUUCGCCCCAGUCUGAGGUCCUGAGUGCUCUGGAGCAGGUUUUCAUCAAGGAUCUCUCUGUACUUUGCUCAGUUCAUCUUUCCCUUGAUCCUGAAUAGUCUCCCAGUCCCUGCCGCUGAAAAACAUCCCCACAGCAUGAUGAGGCCACCACCAUGCUUCACCAUAGGUAUGGUGCCAGGUUUCCUCCAGACGUGACGCUUUGCAUUCAGGCCAAAGAGUUCAAUCUUGGUUUCAUCAGACCAGAUAACCUUGUUUCUCAUGGUCUGAGAGUCUUUAGGUGCCUUCUGGUAAACUCCAAUGUGCCUUUUACUGAGGAGUGGCUUCCGUCUGGCCACUCUACCAUAAAGACCUGAUGGGUGGAGUGCUGCAGAGAUGGUUGUCCUUCUGGAAGGUUCUCCCAUCUCCACAGACUAACUCUAGAGCUCUGUCAGAGUGACCAUCGGGUUCUUGGUCACCUCCCUAACCAAGGCCCUUUUCUCCCGAUUGCUCAGUUUGGCUGGGCGGCCAGCUCUAGGAAGAGUCUUGGUGGUUCCAAACUUCUUCCAUUUAAGAACGAUGGAGGCCACUGUGUUCUUGGGGACCUUCAAUGCUGCAGAAAUUGUUUGGUACCCUUCCUCAGAUCUGUGCCUCGACACAAUCCUGUCUCGGAGCUCUACGGACAAUUCCUUCGACCUCAUGGCUUGGUUUUUGCUCUGACAUGCUCUGUCAACUGUGGGACCAUAUAUAGACAGGUGUGUUCCUUUCCAAAUCAUGUCCAAUUAAUUGAAUUUAAUUUGGACUCCAAUCAAGUUGUAGAAACAUAUCAAGGAUGAAUGGAAACCGGAUGCACCUGAGCUCAAUUUCGAUUCUCAUAGCAAAGGGUCUGAAUACUUAUGUAAAUAAGACAUUUCUGUCAUUUAUUUAUUUUAAAUUUGCAAACAAUUCUGAAAACCUGUUUUCGCUUUGUCAUUAUGGGGUUGUGUGUAGAUUGAUAAGGAUGAUUAUUUAUUUAAUCAAUUUUAGAAUAAGGCUGUAACGUAACAAAAUGUGGAAAAAGUCAAGGGGUCUGAAUACAUUCCGAAAGCACAGUAUUUGUUACACACACUUCAACACAACAAGUGCACUUUAGUGUUCCCUGAUAUAACUUUUGUGAUUGAAAAAAAAAUGAAAUGACAUUGAAGUAAUACAUUCAUAAAUGUCAUAGAUCUAAGCAACAUAUUCUACACAAGCAAAAUAACAUUUUAAAUCAUUCAAAUUACAUUGAUAAUAACAUUGAAUUUACUCACGUUCAGCCAUGUAAAAUUAAACAGAUUUGUUUCUAAAUGGAUGUCUGGACCUGUACAAACAUCAAUAUUUACCUGAAAAACCUAAAGCAGAGUCGACUGCGUUAAAACAAGAACCUCUAUUCGAACAUCAACACCAGCUUUAGACCUCUCCUCAUUGGUGGAGGGCCUCACCUGGUUAAGUGAUCAGCAGUCUAAAUACUUGUAUACCUGGUUGGUCAGGAGCAUAUGCCAAAAAUCAGCUGAUGCGGUUCGGAGCGGGUUCACUGGAGUGAGGUUAGGUGAUGCGGUACCUUCAGUGUGUGUCCCACAAUUCCUUUUGAUUGCCUUUUAAGACUGAAGAAGGAGAGACAUGGGUACAAGUAAAAGAAGUAGGAGUGGGGUGAGAGAGUCCCCAUGCAACAACAAGAUGGUAAGGGGGGACAGAAACCUCCCUCCCUCACCCCCUCCCAAUUCAAUCCCAAUCUGAGAGGUAAACCACCAGCCACAGGUCCAGUUAAUCGUAGAUAUGGUCAGAUUACUCCCACAGAGUAGCAGGGUCUAUUCUCCAAUCCCAGAGUGUCAGAGGUUACAACCCAGUUGGACCAGUGUAACCAGUAUUAUCCCAGUAGAUGGCGUAACGGACCAGUCACAGAGCGAGAGAGAGAGAGAGAGAGAGAGAGAGAGAGAGAGAGAGAGAGAGAGAGAGAGAGAGAGAGAGAGAGAGAGCCUAUACCUGUAUCUAGUGUUUGCUGUUGAAUCACAGGAUGUGUUCACAUUGCCACUGCAAUAAGCAAAGGGAAUCACAAAACGACAUUUAACAAUAAGACACAAUAAUCAUCCAUUGUCCCUGUACAGACUGAGCAAACACAUGAGAACUUAUAGAAAUGACCUAAUUGUUCUAUAAGAAAGUUCAUACAGGGGCUCCCGAGUGGCGCAGUAGUCUAAGGCACUGCAUCGCAGAGCUAGAGGCAUCACUACAGACCCUCCCCUAACCCCGGCGACACAAUUGGCCCAGUGUCGCCGGGGUUAGGGGAGGGAUUGGCUGGAGGGGUUUACUUGGCUCAUCGCGCUCUAGCGACUCCUUGUGGCGGGCCGGGCCCCUGCAGGAUGACCUCUGUUGUCAGGUGAACAGGGUUUCCUCCGACACAUUGGCUUCCGGGUUAAGCAGGCGGGUGUAAAGAAGCACGUUUUGGCGGGUCAUGUUUCGGAGGACGCAUGACUCGACAUUCGCCUUCCAAGCCCUUUGGGGUGUUGCAGCGAUGAGACAAGAUCGAAAUUGGGGAGAAAGAAAGGAAAAUAAAAAAAGUUCACAAUUCUCAUACUUGAGUAAAAGUAAAAAUACUUCAAUAGAAAAUGACUCAAGUAAAAGUGAAAGUAAUGCAGCAAAAUAGUACUUGAGUAAAAGUCUAAAAGUAUUUGAUUUUAAAUAUACUUAAGUAUCAAAAGUAAAUGUAAUUGCUAAAAUAUUCUUAAGUAUCAAAAGUAUAAAUCAUUUCAAAUUCCUUACAUUAAGCAAACCAGACGGCACCAAUUUAUGGAUAGCCAGGGUCACACUCCAACACUCAUAAUUUACAGACGAAGCAUGUGUAUUUAGUGAGUCAGCCAGAGCAGAGGUAGUAGGGAUAAACAGGGAUUUUUUUUUAUGUGCGUGAAUUGCACAAUUGUUUCUGUCCUGCUAAGCAUUCAACAUGUAACAAGUACUUUUGGGUGUCAGGGAAAAUGUAUGACUAAAAAGUACAUUAUUCCUUUAUGAAUGAAGUGAAGUAAAAGUAAAAGUUGUCAAAAAAUAUAAAUAGGUAAGUACAGAUAAACCCAAAAAUUGCUUAAAUUGUACUUUUUUUUUUUUUUACUUAAGUACUUUACACCACUGUAUGAAUCAAAUGAUCAGUUAUCCAGUAAUAACUGUAGGUGUUUGUAACAUGCUCAACACAUUAUCCAGAUCUAUACAACUAAUUGAAUAUAAAUGUAUAAAUACAGUAUAUAAAUGUCAAUGAACCUGUGCCAUUUUUCAGGAAACAACAAUCUGAUUCAAAAAUCAUAAUCCAGGUAUCAGGUCAUUCCUGCACUACCCUCACUGAACUUGUAUGAAAAUAAUGGUAAUUUGUUCUCAAGUGUUCGUACGCAAUUCUCAGAAGACAUUCCUUACCUCUCAAAGCAGGACACACGACAACAACGAAAUUCCCCACGCCCCCCUAUGUAGCUCUGUUUUACGGGUGGCAUUCCAUAAGUCUUAUCACCGACAUCUAUCCAAUUGGUAAGUGUUGGUAUGACGCAGAGGUGGGUGUAGAUGUUUGUAUGGAUGCAGGCAUAUAUUUACAUGUAUACAUAGACUCACCUGAGUAUCAGAGGUCAUGCAGAGAAGACACACCUGGAUCAGCACUACACAGGUGAGGUUAUUAUACCUUUUUUAAAUAUGUGUUGGUGAAAUAAUAACUGUGUGUAGAACGUCACUAUUAUUUAAUGUAGAUGAUGGUAAAUGGCAGAUAAUCAGAGAUUCAUCUUUAAGCUUUGUUUUUUUUAUUAUCUUCUGGAAAAAAGUUGUGGUAAUUCUGUGCGUGUGCAAAUACAUGCUGAAUCUGGCUGAAUAUUUUGGUUAGAAGUGUGAAGGUCUGAUUUAAAACAAUUUAUUAUGAACUCAAUAUCUUUAUGUUAUAGAAUCCAACCUAGAAACAGCUAUGGCAAGAACUAUGGCAAAAUCUACAGCAAAUUGUCUCUCAAUCAUCACCUGGAACACUUGUGGUGUUAAACCAACAAAACACAGGCCAAAUAAACUGAUUGAUAUAAUGAAGUAUGGCAAGAAACAGAAUGCUGAUGUAAUCUUCCUUCAAGAAACUCACAUUGGACCAUACUGCUAUAAAGAGAUGGAAAAACAUGGAUGGAAAGAGAUGGAAAGACAUUGGACCUCUUACUUUCCUGUUUACUCACCGAGUAGCAAAGGAGUGGCCAUACUGGUGAAUAAAAAACUAAAAUCACACUAUCAGUACAUCUGCCAUGAUGAAGAUUACACUGGUGGCUACAUUGUGCUGUUCUGUCAGAUGUAUGGUCAACUCUUCACUCUAGUGAAUGUGUACAAUCAUAAAGAAGACAAGAAAGUACUGGGGAGGCUGUCACAGUAUCUUCAGGAGAUGAAGAUUGGAACUUUAGUGAUUGGGGGGGAUUUCAACACAGUCUUGGACCUUGACUUUGACAAGAGUACAGCAUCUGAACAUAGACGGCACACAUCCUGCAGAGUUUCAUUUCCUCACUGAACCUCCAAGACACAUGGGCAAGUCUACACCCAACAGAAGAAGCCUUCACUCGUUCUCAAAACACCAGUUAUUCCCGGUUAGAUAUGUUCUUCAUGCCACAGAACAAAGCACACCAUGCUCUGAGAUGUACGAUUCACCAACCUAAUGCGAUUUCAGAUCACAAUCCUGUGUCUCUGAGAGUCCAAGUAGAAUGUACAAUAACACAGGUUAUUCCCAGAAAAGUGAGCCAGAUAGGAGACAGUGAAACAACAAGAAGGCAAGGAAAAAUCAGUGGAGCUGAAGUCCUAGUGGCGAUGAAAUCCCUUAAUGACUCAACACAAUCACUACCAUAUGAGGUGGUGACUUCAGGGCCAGUUGACUAUACACGAUCACCAUCGAGGUCAGAUGAUUCAAGACAAUCACCAUCAAUGUCAGUUUACUCCAGACAAUCCCCAUCAAGGUGGUCAGAUGACACCAGACAAUCACCAUCGAAGCCAGAUGAUUCCAGACAAUCAACACUACAUGACUCAAGAUCAGAUGACUCCACACAAUCAACAAUACAUGAUUCAAGGUCAGAUGACUCCAGACAAUCACCAUGA